AUGGGUCAAUACAGAAAGAGAUUCAAUGAGAAGGCCCGUCAGGGGAUGCUGAUGAAGCAGGAGAAGCUUCGUCGUGUCAGACAAAAGCAGUUUACUCGUCAUUUGGAUGAUGGGACCCAAGCUAAAGAGGAACCAAAGGAAGAGGAAACAAAUAACCCAAAUGCUGAAAUCUUACAACCAAUGACCAAAGCUGAAAGGGAAGAUAGGAAGAGAAAAUUGGAAGAACAAAUAAGGCCCAAAGCUGAGUCCAAAGUUUCAAGAAAUAAGAAGAAGAGAUUAGAUAAAUAUAUUGAACAUCAACUGAAAAGAGAAGAGAAACAAGUUUUGAUACAGAAGCUUCAAGAAUCCAAGUUUGAUACAUCUUUAUUGAAGAGUUCAAAGCUACUAGGGACUGGUAAACAAACUAAAAAGGAAGAAUUUGCUGAAGCUUUGGAAUUAGAAAGACAAGGAAGAGGUGAUGAAAGAACAAAGGAAAUUUUAUAUGAAGAAAGAGAAGUCCGUGAUUGGGAUGAAGAUUUCAAAGAUGAAAAUCCUAUCAAAUCACUAGAUCAGCUAGAAGAAGAGGAUGAUAAUGAUAGUGCCUCUGGGUCCGAUGAUGGUGAGAAAUUUGGUGAUUCAACAGAAACAAAAUCUUCAUUCAUUGAUUUCAGACCUAGUAAAUUUGGUGGUUCAGGUUCAGGCUUUUCAUUUCAAAAUCUUCCAAAAGUUACAAAAACAAAGAAGAAGAGCUAUAACUGGAGAUCAAAGCUUGCUGCUGAAGAGAGAAGAAAAAACAAGAUUGAGGAUGAGAAUGAUUUCGAGUCUUCUGAGGAGGAAGAUGACCAAGAAGAUGAAGAUGAUAGCCAAGAAGAACAGGAAAUCGAUGAUGAAGAGAAUGAAAAUGAAGAAGAAGAUGAAGAAGAAGGUGAAGAUGAGGAAGGUGAAAGCUCAGGUGAAGAAGAUGACGAUGAAGAUGAUGAUGAAAGUGAAGAAGAGGAAGAAGAGGAACAUCGUAAAAAGUUUUCACACAGUUUAAAAGCUGAAGCAUUCAAAGAAUGGGCAGAUGAACAAAUCAGAAAACUUGAAGGUCGUGAAGCACCAUCAGCUCCAACUCUACCAGACGUCCACUAUGAAAGGGUUGAUCGUCCAGAAGAUUUAGAAGAUGAUUUGCCAAAAGAAUAUAUCCCAAUUGAUGAAAAUAGCAAACGUCAAGCCUUUUACGUUAAUGUCAACAGAUCAGAUGAAAUCCAACAAUCCAGAAUGCAACUACCAGUUUUCGGAGAAGAACAUAGAAUUAUGGAAGCUAUUCACCAUAAUGAUGUUGUUAUUGUUUGUGGUGAAACAGGGUCCGGUAAAACUACACAAGUUCCACAAUUCCUGUACGAAGCCGGUUAUGGUUCUCCAGAGAGUCCAGAUACUCCAGGUAUGAUUGCCAUCACCCAACCAAGAAGAGUUGCUGCUAUUUCUAUGGCUGAGCGUGUUUCUAAUGAAUUGGGAGAUCAUGGUGAUAAAGUUGGUUACCAAAUUCGUUUUGACUCUACAGCUAAGCAAGAUACGAGAAUGAAAUUCAUGACUGAUGGUGUUUUGUUGCGUGAAAUGAUGACAGAUUUCAUUUUGAACAGAUAUUCAGCAAUCACUAUUGAUGAAGCUCAUGAGCGUAGUAUCAAUACUGAUAUUUUGAUUGGUAUGUUAAGUCGUGUUGUUAAACUUCGUGCUCAAUUGAAUGCCCAAGAUCCAGUGAAGUUUAAAAAAUUAAAAUUGAUUAUCAUGUCUGCUACUUUAAGAGUUACUGAUUUCAGUGAAAAUUCAGUUUUGUUUGAUGUCCCACCACCUAUUUUGAAAGUUGAAGCUCGUCAAUAUCCGGUCUCUGUUCACUUCAACAGACGUACCAAACAUGAUUAUUUGGAUGAAGUGUUCAGAAAAACUUGUAAAAUCCAUCAAAAGCUUCCUCCAGGUGGUAUUUUAAUCUUCCUGACUGGUCAAAAUGAAAUCACAAAUGUUGUCAAGAGAUUAAGAAAAGAAUUCCCAUUGAAGGAUAAGAAAAAGAAUCUUGUUCAUGAAGAGGAAGUUGCAGAUGUUCGUAUAAACUCUAAACAUGCUGAUAUUGAAGCUGAAGAAGUUGAUUUCAGUGUUAAAGUCAAUGCCGAUGAAGCAUUUGAUGAUGGUGCUGAUGAAGAUGAAGAUGAUGAUGAAGAAGAAGGUUUUGAAGAAACUUUGGAAGAAGGGCAAACAGAUCAAGAUCCAUUAUAUGUCCUACCAUUAUACUCUCUAUUGCCAACAAAUGAACAAAUGAAGGUUUUCAAAGAACCACCAGCGGGGAGCCGUCUAUGUAUUGUUGCCACAAACAUUGCAGAAACUUCUUUAACAAUUCCAGGUAUAAGGUAUGUUGUUGAUGCCGGUAGAUCUAAAGAUCGUUGUUAUGAUGACAAGACUGGUGUGCAAAGUUUUGAGAUUGAUUGGGUCAGUAAAGCUAGUGCUGACCAAAGAGCUGGUAGAGCUGGUCGUACAGGUCCUGGUCAUUGCUAUAGACUGUAUUCUUCUGCUGUUUAUGAAAGAGAUUUCCCACAGUUCUCUAGACCUGAAAUAUUACGUACACCAAUUGAAACUGUUGUCUUGUCAAUGAAAAGCAUGGGUAUUGAUAAUGUCGUGAACUUCCCAUUUCCGACACCACCUGAAAGAGUUGCAUUAGGUAAAGCUGAGAAAUUGUUGCAAUAUUUAGGUGCCUUGAGCAAAGAGAACAAGAUUACUGAUGUUGGUAGAACUAUGAGUUAUUUCCCUAUCAGUCCAAGAUUUGCUAAAAUGCUUCUUGUUGGAAAUCAAUUAAAUUGUUUACCUUAUAUUGUUGCUAUUGUUUCUGCUUUAUCUGUUGGUGACCCAUUCAUUAAUGAGAAUGAGUUAGGAAUAGUGGAGGAACAAAAUAAGAAUGAAGAUGAAGAAGAGGAAUUAUCACCAAUUGAACUAGAGGCGAAACGUAAAUUACGUUCGAAAUUCCAUUCAUCAAGACAAAUAUUCUGCCAGCUUGAUAAAUUCAGUGAUGCAUUGAAACUACUGAGUGCCGUUUGUGCUUUAGAUCAUGUUCCAUUAGCUAAAAGAGAUGAAUUCUUGAGAAACCAUUUCUUGAGACCAAAGCUUAUGGAGGAAAUUUCAAAGUUGAGAAAACAAGUUAUGUAUCUUGUUAAAACUUAUACAACAAAGGAGAACAUUGCAACUUCUGUUAAAGAAUCUGAAAUGAAACUUGGUCGUCCAGAUAAACGUCAAGUUCAAGCUAUUAAGCAAAUGAUUUCUGCUGGUUUUGUUGACCAGGUUGCCAUUAGAGCUGAUUUGAUUGAAUCAGAUGUUAAAAUCACCAACAGAACAAAUAUCAUCAAUAUACCAUACAUCACGUUAUUCCCUACAAAAGGUUCAGAAGAAGAUGAUAGUCCAUAUGUUUAUAUUCAUCCAACUUCCAUCCUGUGCAAUAUUGGUGAUGUUCCACCUUCCUAUUUGAUUUAUCAAUCAGUUAAUAAAGGUGCUAAUAACAACCCUGAAUCCAAAACGCCUCCAAAGACAAGACUAAGAGCAUUAACGGAUAUAUCAGACAGUGCAUUGACUAGUGUUGCUAAGAAUAGUGGGUUGAUAACGUAUUCGAAACCUCUAGGUCACCCAUAUGCUCCAAAGAACAUCACAUCCACAAAGAGAGAGUGCUGGGUUGUUUCAAGAAUCGGUGCAGCUAUUGGUGCUGGUGGUGUUGGAUUGGACCUGAAGACUAUCAAGGUUAUCCAGAACAAAGUGGCUGGACAAUGGGUUAAUGAGUAA